GCAUUCUCCAACCCCCCAUAAUCAAGGAGAAUAGACCAACAAUGCCCCCCAACCAACUCUACCAAUACUCCGUCAUCGGGGCCCUCCUCCACGGCAUCUGUGCCGACGGGCUUCCCGCCCACCGUCUUCUCGAUCACGGCAGCUACGGCCUAGGCACAGUGGCCGAUCUCGACGGCGAAGUCAUUAUCCUGGACCGCAAAGCCUACCACUUCCCCUCCACGCCGGGCUCCCUCAUCCGAGCCCUAAAUCCCGACGAUCGCAUCCCCUUCGCCCUCAUGACCGACUUCCACCCAACGCACACCAUCCCAAUCACCACCCCUCUGACCGUCACCACCCUCCUCGACAACAUCGCCCCGCUGCUCGGUCGCAGCCAGAACCACUUCCUCUCCAUCCGCCUGCAGGGGUCCUUCCCGACCAUGACAACCCGCAUUAUCCCGAAGCGGGCAUCAUCGGAAACCUUGGGUGAUCUCGCUCAGCGACAGUCAGUCGCCACGAUCGUCGAGUCGACGGGCACGCUCUUUGGGUUCUGGUCUCCUCCAUACACGGCCGGAGGAAUCGGGGUGCCUGGGAUUCAUUUGCAUUAUCUCAGUGAGGAUCGGCACUCUGGGGGGCAUGUGCUGGACUUUCGGGCUGAGGGGGGACAGCUUGAGGCGGCAGUGGUGAGGAAACUGGAAAUCGAGCUGCCAGAUACGGAGGAGUUUGGGGCGGUCGCGAUGGAUGGGGUCGAGGCAGAGGCUGUGGGGAGAGCAGAGGGGCUUAGAGAGUGA